AGAGUAUGGUGUUUGUGAAAACUUACGGAAGCUGGAGAUCACGGGUGUAUCUUGUCGAGAUGUCUAUGCGAAGCUUCUCCAUUGAAAGAAGACCAGGUGAUGUCUGCUUACCAAGCACCUCACCCAGGAACUGAGGGCCACGCUUCUCCAAGGAAACAUCUGGGUGCUCCAGGCUUUCUUGUAUAAACCCUCGCGUGAAGUCGGGCCGUUUUAUGAAAAUUCUUCCCGAUUACGAGCACAUGGAGUACAGAGAUGUGUACACCUGCCUGCUCCACCGAUACAGACACAUCUUGGGAUUGUGGCAGCCAGAUAUCGGGCCCUAUGGAGGACUGCUGAAUGUGGUGGUGGAUGGCUUGUUUAUUAUUGGCUGGAUGUACCUGCCUCCCCAUGACCCUCAUGUGGAUGACCCAAUGCGAUUCAAGCCCUUGUUUAGAAUUCACCUGAUGGAGAGGAAGUCAGCCACGGUGGAGUGCAUGUACGGCCACAGAGGGCCCCACAACGGCCACAUUCAGAUUGUGAAGAAGGACGAGUUCUCCACCAAGUGCAACCAGACGGAGUACCACCGGAUGUCUGGCGGGAGGCAGGAGGAAUUCCGAACAUGGCUGAGGGAAGAAUGGGGGCGGACGCUGGAGGACAUUUUCCACGAGCACAUGCAAGAGCUCAUCCUGAUGAAGUUCAUCUACACCAGUCAGUAUGACAACUGCCUGACCUACCGCCGCAUCUACCUCCCGCCCAGCCACCCGGACGAUCUCAUCAGGCCAGGCCUCUUUAAAGGCACCUACGGCAGCCACGGCCUAGAGAUUGUCAUGCUCAGCUUCCAUGGGAAGCAUGCCAGGGUCACGAAGAUCACGGGUGACCCCAACAUCCCCGCCGGGCAGCAGACAGUAGAGAUCGACCUCAUGCACCGCAUCCAGCUGCCCAACGUCGAGAACCUCUGCAACUUCAACGAGCUCUCCCGCAUCGUCCUGGAGGCUCAGGAGCAGGUGCGCCAAGAGCAGCAGCGGCAAGAAGACAGGACUGAGGACGGCGAGGGUUCCGGGCCACCCACUGAGGUCAGAGAGCCCGGGAAUGAAGGGGCCGCACCUUUGAAGGAGGAGCCUGUCCAGUUUGUUCUGCCUGUGGGUGUGAGCUCAAGGAACGAGAACUACCCCCGAACCUGCAGGAUGUGUUUCUACGGCACAGGCCUCAUCGCUGGCCACGGCUUCACUAGCCCUGAGCGCACGCCCGGGGUCUUCAUCCUGUUUGACGAAGACCGCUUCGGGUUCAUCUGGCUGGAGCUGAAAUCCUUCAGCCUGUACAGCAGAGUCCAGGCCACCUUCCGGAAUGCGGACGCACCGUCCCCACAGGCCUUUGAGGAGAUGCUCAAGAACAUUCAGUCCUUGACCUCCUGAUGGCCCCUUCCCUGUUGGGGGCGCGGCUCCGGACCCGGUGACCUGGGAAGAGCAGCAGCAUGCACUUUGGAGAUUUGACCUUCUGACCAGAGCACCCACCUUCCUGUAGGCGUCUCGGCCCGAGAUGCUUUCUAUAGAGUGUGCAACAUAUGUCUGCAUAUUUAUCAGUAGCUGAUGGGAAGGCUGAGCUGAGCAUGUCUUAUAAAAAAAAGAAUUGGAGAAAUUGAGUUUGUCUUUGGCUCACUGACAGUUUUCUAGGGAAAACAAAAUCCUCCUUCAGGAGAGCUCAUGACACAACUGAGUCUCUUGAUUUAGGGGGCCAGUGUGUGGGGUGCCAGCUCCACAGUCCACUCUGCAGGAAGCAAAUGAAAGUGGCCAUGGACCUGUGAGGGCAGCCUGGACAGGUAGGGAGGGCAGUGUUUGUGGAAAGAGAGCCCCAGGGAGUUGGGAUGUCAGUCUCAGGACCCAGGACUAAAUUUCCAUUUUUCUUGUUUGUAUUUUGUUUGUUUUUUCUUUUUUGUGAAUUUCCUUUUCUAUACUGACUCAGAUUUUGGACAAAAGCACUUCACUCCCAUCUCAGUUUCUGAAUCAGGGAAAUGGGGCUGGCGAUACGGGUCACUAGAGAACGUCUCUACAAGCCUUUGAGCAACUUGGAGGCCUUGUGAAUACCACCCCUGGUCCUGGCCCCUGGGCAGCACCCAUAUGCCUGCCCUGGCCUCUCUCUAGCGUUAGAACUUUCCCAGCAGCCAGUUCCUGUCAGUGCUCAUUGUGUCCUGCCCCCCCCCCCGCCCCCCAUACACACACACAUAUGCUCUGAUGUUAGAAUCUGAAACUGCAGCCACAUGUCCCAGGACUGGGACAGGGUUAUGUCUUUUUACGACCCUGUGUUUAUUCCAUCUGCAUGAUGUACACAGAUGCUAUUCUGGGAAGUGCUACAGCACAUGAGGACUGCAGCCCCUUUCUGGGGAAGGGGGCAGCUUUCUAGAGAAGUCACACUGUACCAAUCAGGUGCCCUUUGGAGACCAGGACCUCUCUGGGACCCUCUUGCAUGGAGACCUUGAGCACUGACUCUUCUACUGGUGGUGUGCCCGUGUUGGGUUGACACCUGCAUUUGGGGAACCCCCUCUGAGGUCCUUGCUGGUCUCAGUAUCUAUUGAAGAACAGAGCCCUACAUGCAUGCUGGUCUCCAAGGACAUUUCAGCUCUCCCUCCAGCCUGCACAGAGCCAUCUCCACCCCAUCUGCCCAGGUGUGCGCUUCACGGAGGGCAGGGCAGAGUUCCCCUCUGUUACUUUUCCUUGUUCGAUGGAUUGCACUGAGCCCCCACACUAGGGACGAGGGACCCCAGGGAAGGGAGCAGCUUUGUGGUACCUUCAUAUAGAGACCAACCUGAGCUGUCUUGUGAAAUAUGUCCUCUGUUUUCCUGAUUAAUUUCUCUCUGGCUUUUUUUUUU